AUGGGCAGCAAGAUGGCUUCCGCCACGGGGGUCAUGCAGGUAGUGAAGCCACAUGCUCCGUUAAUAAAAUUUCCUAACAGAGGAGACAAACCUAAACUCAGUGCCUCAGAAGCUUUGGGAUCUGCUGUGCCACACGCCCCAUCCUCUGUCCCUUCACAGCAUUCUAAAGGAAGCAUGUCCCCAGAUUUACUGAUGCAUCAGGGGCCACCAGAUACUGCAGAAAUGAUAAAAACAUUACCUCGGAAAUACAGGAGGAAACCUAUGUCUCAUGAGGAAAUGGAAUUUAUGCAGCGUGGAGACCCAGAGUGA